AUGCCACACAAUUCUGCAGUGUCCGACACUACCCACAGAUCGAAUCUUUAUCCCCAAAUUAUUCAGCAUGUUGACCAACUCAUCGCAGCAAGAGCCAUUCACCGUCGUGGGAAUGACGAGCAACGACUUCUUGGCAGUAACCGCACUAGGGACCAGGACCGCCGGGUCCGUGAGGGUCCUACAUCGUCGGAAUAUAUUUUGAAUGAUGUGACAGCCUCGCCUAAUGCGCCUCAGCGAACAUACGUUCCGAUUUCCAUGCAGCCUGCUGCAGAUCGUGAUGGCAAUCAGGCGCAAGCCGAAAUGGGCAUGUACGAAGAAACACAGGCUCUGGCCUCGUCGAGCAACUCUGGCAGUCCCAGCUGUGGCAGACGAUCAUGUACCCCACUCUUUAGACAGAGGAAAAUUCGCAGGCGACUUAUUACAUUGAUAGCGUCUGGAGUCUUCCUCCUUUCCGUUGUCGCUGUUUACCUUGCAUUUGCUGCAUCACGCACAACAUUGGGUCGGGAGCUCCAAAUCCUCUUAAUCUUUAUGAUACUGAUAAUCGGUAUUGUUUUCUGUCAUUCAUUAACUCGCUUUCUCAUGGCGAUAGUACCAAGAUCUGCUUCUGAGAUCGCAACAAAUCGCAUACCGAGCAGGGCAGGACCCUCUGGUUAUGCACAACCCGCACAUCCUAUUCACGUUGUUCUUGCGGCGGAUGAGGACUCUGUGACUGAAAGUCGUAAAGCUGUUCGAGAAAAGAUAACUGCACCACCUCCAGCUUACGGUCUCUGGAGAAGUAGCGUGCGACUGAACCCGGAUCUGUUGUAUUGGCAACGUGUGGAUAACAGUUCCCGAUUACAGCAGGUUUUCGAACGCGGUUUUAGCAACAAGUCUCAGGCACCCCGGCCACCUAGUUACACCUCCGAUAAUGGUAUCGACUACGUUGUCGAAGCACAGCCGCGAUCUUUCAUGCAGUGUCAUGCUCCAGAGCAGUCGAGCCGCCGGCAAUGA